CCGCGCAUGGUGCGUUUGUUUACAUCGCUUCUUUAUUUUUGCGAAAGCGCUAGCCCGCAGCCAGCACCACACAUCGAUUAGUAUUGUGGGAUAAAUUCCUCCUUGCGAAUUACAAUUGUGCUACUGUGCCCGCAACAUCAAAUAUACUACCCAAAUAGCGAUAGACUCUUUAUUCGUUUACCCUAACUUUUAACGCAACGACGUCCCAAACCCCCACCGACAAUCCAAUGCGGUUGGAACAGCGUGGAACAGUUGUUUCGGCGAACACACGGCACGAACACGCAACGGCGAGAACGAGUAAUAAUACUUACGUAGCAGAGCAUGGCUCGCACUAGGGCGGGCAAGAAGCAGCAAUCAAACGGGCCUCCUGCUCAACCACGUCGUAGCACCAAAAAGGAGAAACCCAACACAUUCAAAGCUAAACGGAGACCUAAAAAGAAACCGACGAACCAGCUGGCACAGACCUUCGCAAGCAUGGAUACCCGGCAGGCAAACAUGAGCCCUGGCAAGAUGUCGAAAGCGAUGAAACGAAGCUCGAAGGAAAAUUUGCGCCGGUUGAGUGCUGUUGUGGAAAAACGUCGCAAGCAGCAAGAUGCAGUAGUGCAGCUCCAAAACAAGCCAGUCGCUGCCAAUCCACAGAACGGGGGUAUCAAAGAGAAUAAUCAACGAAAAUCGGCCCCCGAUACGAUCGUGAUUGAGGAUUCGGAUGAAGAAAGUGAGCCGACGAGAGGUACGGGUGGUGAUGCAGUGGAAAAUGCUUCCACUGAUCCUUUGUUUUACAUCGAUCGUAACCCUGGUAUACGGGAGGAAGAUGUUCCACUGUACGUCGUCGGUACCGAUGUGGAGGAACAAUCAGCAUCAACGAAGGAUGGUGAACCAAAACAACAACCGUCGUCUGGCAGUAUCGAACCGGACCACCGACGGUCUGCCACGAUCGAACCGAACGAAUGUAGUGUGAUUGUGCUAGACAGCACGUUCGAUCAAACGAUGAACAACAGCAUGAAGGACAUGAAGAUCAACGCUGCUGAAUGUGCAGCACCAAUAACGGUGGGCACUGCCGAACCGUGCCCGAGUUCAAGCAGUAACAGUACCAAUACCAGUGCCACUAAAGUACAGACGAAGAAGAAGAUCCGUUCCAACAGUCAAGCUGCCGAAACGAUCGUUACCGAUGUGAUCGAUUUGAGCGACUAUCCCGAUACGGAGCAGCAACCUUCUUGCUCGUCAUAUGCUGCCAGCAACACCAAAACGCCAGCCUUUCCCACGCUGGAUCGUAUCCCGCUCGGGUACAGUGCGUCUAACGCUGCUCGAGUGAAACCCAAACGUCCUCCACAGAAGCCACACGCAAAUGGCAGUGGUAGCGGUAGUGGUAGUGGUAAAGGUGGUGGUGGUGUUGGUGGAAAAGCCACGAAUACGAACGAUGUGGUUAUUGGGUCGGCUCUUCAUGUAGAAAAGAAGAUGAAGCGGAUGGUGAUCAUCGAUGGAAAUAAUGUCGCGUAUGGCCAUCUCAAUGGGAAGAUGUUCUCGGUCAAGGGGUUAGAGCUGUGUAUAAAUUACUUUAAAAAGCUCGGCUUUGAGGUGACCGCCGUAGUGCCUCAGUUUAAAUUAAAAAGGUAUCAAAGUACGGACCAGGCAUUGCUAGAACAGAUGCAUCGAAAUGGCGAUGUAACGCUGGCCCCGUGCAAAAGUCUUCCCGGCCAGUGCUCUUCAUCGUACGAUGAUCGAUUAAUACUAUCAAUCGCUGAACAGUUUGAUGGUGUGAUCAUAUCGAACGAUAAUUUUCGUGAUCUUCUUGACAUUUCUCCAGAAUGGCGACGCAUUAUCGAAACGCGUGUCGUCGGUUACUCGUGGGUAAAAGACUGCUUCUUCCUGCCGGACGAUCCGUACGGACGGUACGGUCCUACGCUGCAACAGAUACUGUAUCGCACAUCGCAUUAGAAGAUCUCGAGGGCGUUUUUUUUUUUUUUUGAUAAACCAUAAACUGUGCACUGUUUUCUGUUGGUACAGUGGGAAAAACACACGUUAUCAAAUAAUUUUAUUUUCUACAAAAACAUCGUGAAACACCUUAUCUUCAUUUUCUAAAAUAUCAUACGGUAUUGAGAUUUGUUUAUACUGCCGUAUCGUUACUAUUACUACUAAUGGGUGGAUCGUUCCUGCUCGUUACCACCUGAUCGUACGAUGGCGGUAAAUCUGUAAUGACAAAGAAGCACCGAUGUGAAUAAAUCCUCGCAGAACGAGACCGAUUCCCCUGCCUUAAUCCAUGAA